AUGAAUUUUAAUACUGUACUCAUUUUUCCAUGUGGGUUCAGGUCUCGCGUUGGGGAAAUCCCUGUGUCGGUAGCAGUGACACCCAACGGGUUCGCGGACGCAAUUACGGAUGGCUGCUUCGUGAUGCCGGAAGAGAGGAUUAUGCCCUUCGCUGAAUUCCUGAGUGUGAUGGAAUGUCCACAAUCGCAUCCCGGGAUUUUCUAUGUGCAAAAGCAAUGCUCCAAUUUCACCUCCGAGUUCUCGGUGUUGCACGAAGAUGCUGGCGUGGAAGUGGAGUGGGCUUCGGAAGCCUUCGGGAAGAAGCCCGACGCUGUCAAUUUUUGGAUGGGUGAUUCCAGGGCUGUAACUUCGAUGCAUCGAGAUCACUACGAAAACAUCUAUCUCGUGGUUUCGGGAGUGAAAAAAUUCCUGCUGAUUCCUCCGACGGAUCUCCCGUUUGUGCCGUACGAAACAUACCCAGCAGCGAAGUUUUAUUCUUCGGAAUCUGGAGAUUUUAAUGUUCAGAAGCUGGAUGAUGCGGAGCGGGUUCCAUGGGUUAGUAUUAACCCCCUGGACCCAGACUUGGAAAAGUAUCCCAAUUUCCGGCGCGCGCACGUGAUUGAAUGCGAAGUUCGGGCCGGUGAGGCGCUUUAUUUGCCGUCGUUGUGGUUUCAUCAUGUGAGACAGUCUCAUGCCUGCAUUGCGCUCAACUUUUGGUACGAUAUGGAAUUUGAUUUAAAGUACGUUUAUUACAAGUUUGUUGAGGCGUUGACGGCGUCUGGUGUCGAGGCGAAGUCGCUGUGAUUGCUGAAAAUGUUUGUCAGAAUGCAUUCAUUUCAAGGCUUUUAUUUCGCAGUGCCUAUUGAAUUCCGCUGCGAAUGAGUGACAGAAACCGUUUUGUGAGUUUCGAAAAAUCAAAUGAACUGAUUUUGAAGAGA